AUGUACAAUUUAAAAAAUUUAAACGAUAGUAGCGUAAAUUAUGAGGAAGAAGAAGCUCGAGAGUGGAGGCAGCCACGUUCACAACAAAAGAACGAUGUUUGUACUACAUCCGCUUUGAAAAGAAUGCCUGAUGAAGUGUGGUUGAUUCCACCAAAUAUCGAUGUAAAAUUAGUUCUAGGUGAUAGAAAAAUCAAUAUGUCACGUAUUGAAGAAUCAACAAAUACGCACAUGAGCUAUAAUGAAGUUGAAGGGCAAAUUGAAAUGUGGGGAACGCGUCGUGAUCUUGAUCAAGCUAUUAUGCAAUGGAAUAUGAUCGCUCAGAAUAUUCAUGAUGAACAAAUUAAAACCAGAAGUGCAAGAAAAGUCAAAGGUUGGGCUAGACCUGAAAAAGCACUUACAGAAAAACAGAUUCGAAAAUUACAACGUAGAGAAGCAAGAGAAAAGGAAGGUCAUAAUCUUAAAUGUUUUCCUAACAUCGAACUUCCCUUUUCUUCUCAUUUUUAUUUUCCGGAUCGUGAAAUUCCAAUUUCGCGAAUCAUUGGUGAAAAAGAUGAAUUUUUGGAUCCGAUUCGCGUUCAAACUAAAUGCUACAUGUGGUAUGAACCACAAAAUCAUAUGGUUAGAGUUAUUGGCGAUGAUGAUGAUAAUGUUUAUGAAGCAAUUUCACGCGUUAAAAAUCUUUACCUUAAAGUUUUCUUAGCUCGUAACAUUCCAAUAAAGAGAGGUUGGGUUUAUCAUAUGAUCGAACAACCUCGAAUGCCUUACAAAGUUAGGAUCGCAGAUCCACCUAAUUGUGUCAUACCACCUUAUGAUUUGAUUGGUUUCUUUAAGGUUCUCGAGCCUGUUAUUGACAAGCAACCUAAGGAUGACACAGAGACUGAAAUUUUUGAUGUUUACUCAGAAAAUGUCAAAAGAGUUGAAGACGCUCUAUUGAGAGCUUUACAAACCGUUUAUUUGUUCGAUGAAGAAAUCAAAAUGCGCAUUAGAUUGAAUAACCUAGUAUUGAAAGAUACUCGUUUGCAAUCAAGGUUCGCUACAUGCAUUACAACCGAUUCUAAUCAAUUCAAAAAAUUAGAGGAGUAUUUUACGAAUAACCAACAAGUAUGGGAAAAUUCAUCUUUCCAUGAAUUCAAGAUUUGCGCAUCCCGUCGUCCCAUUAAAUAUGGUGAACCAAGAUGGAAAUGUACAUUCGACGUAUCAUUUAAGAAUGAUAAAAUAGGAUUAUGGAAUGCUGUUACGAAUGAAAAAAAUGUUUUGGAGAUUAACAUGGCUUUGGAAGUUCAUGGAGACUUUCCAUCAAAACAGCUAAAAGACUUAGUAUCGACAAAUUUGGACCUCAAGGAUCAUUUUCCACAAAAUCAUUUGGUUUAUACAAAUACUGAAGAUGUCGUUGUUACUUCAGUUUGCGAAAAAAUUAAAAAGAAAUUUUUGUGGAAAGAACAUUUUAUAAUUGAAAUUACACGAUAUGAAUAUUGGAAUUGUGAAGGAAAAUUUUUAAACAUUUCACCUGGAGUGGAAAUUCUUUUACAACGUGAGCCAUCAGAAACUGUUUCAUUUGGAAUUACGUUGUAUAAGAAAUCAUGGGACGACGAUUUUUCUGCAAACGGUAAUUUAAAUUCAGGAGAAGUGCCUGAAUGGUAUCCUGAUGAUAUAUCAGGCGGUGUUAAACAAAUGUUGGAUGAUAUAAAUGAAUUCUUGAAAGUUUUGCAAGAUUCUGAU